CAGAGUGACAGAUUGAGUCGCAGUAAUAUUCAAUAUUUUAUCGAAUUCACUUCGAGAAUUUCAUUUCUAUUUUGUAUUUAUAUUUCAAAAAGUUGUAAAAUAAAUCAUGGGUUGCGAUGGUGGUACUAUUCCGAGACGCGAUGAAUUGGUGCGCGUUAAAAAGAAGCCAGAACAGAAAGACAAAGAAUCCGAAAUGGCAUACCGUUGGCGUCAUUGUGCAUUGACUCAAGAACGUUUGCGUGAGCCAAUUGUGAUGUGUGGCCUGGGACGAUUAUAUUCAAAACAAAGUAUUAUCGAACAACUAUUGGACAGAGAAACCGAAAUGCCCGACACAUGCAAACACAUCAAAUCGUUGAAGGAUAUUCGUGAUUUGCAUUUAACACCGAACCCAGUGUACAAGGAUGAAGAUAAAACUGAAGGACUAUUAGACACCCGUAGCGCUCCAUACAUUUGUAAAUUGAUUGGCUUGGAAAUGUCGGGAAAAUUUCGUUUCAUUGCCUUAUGGUCAUGCGGUUGUGUAUUUUCUGAGCGUGCUCUCAAGGAAAUCGGAACAAAAGUUUGCUCAUUGUGUCAAACACCGUUCACGGACGAUGAUGUGGUUAUUUUAAACGGAACGGAUACUGAAAUGGAAGAGAUGGCCGAAAAAAUCGAAUUACGCGCUGUACGUCGAAAGGCCGAUAAAAAAAGCAAAAAAGAAUCGAAAAAACAAAGUGUAACAUCAACAGUUACAUCGUCCACUGCAACCACUUCUACAAACGUAAAAACCGAACCAUUGGCCAGUGGAAUGAAUGAUUUGAAACCAAUUCUUACGACUAAAAUCAAUAAAACUCAAAUGCUACAUCCAGAGGCAAUGAAAGAAGCCAAGGCAGGCCCAUCAAGCAGUAAAACACUGUCGAAAAAAAACAAACGUCCUGGUGCCGAAGAAGCACUUCUUGAUCCCGAAUUGAAAAAACUCAAGAAUGAUAGUAGCGUUGCAAACGAUCCAAAAGCUACGGCCGUCUACAAAUCUCUGUUUACCUCACACGAAAGUGCACAGCAACAAGACAGAGCUCAUUGGGUUACAUACAAUCCAUUCUACAAUUAAAUUUGAUUUCUACUUUGACCUUUAAAGACUUUUAAUUCAAAUUUUCUUCAGUUUUAUUUUUAAAUUACACAAUUGUAUUUUGCUCUUUUUGAAUGUACGUAAUAAAAUUGAUAACGUAAUUUAUUUCAA